GAGGAAUGCGUAUUUUCCAUAAAUCCAGAGGGAGGUUUUCGGGAAAAAACUAAUCCUGUGUGAGCCCGCUUUUAGAGGGCUGUUUACAUGCGGAAAGACGCCCCCCUCAUGCGUAAAAAGGCAGGACACACAGGACGCAGCGUUACGACGUUGCUGCUCACCUGAAAUCAGUGCAGUGUACAGACAGACAGACAGGCAGGCAUACAGACAUACAGACAGACGGGCAGGUACACUGAGGAGUGGAGCCGGAAGAACAAGCAGGUCGACUUAUCCUGAUAGUAACUUUUCCAUAGUAACUCUGAGUGUUUCUUUGGUUACAACCCCUCUGCUUUUUCAAACGUUAUUUAUUCAUGAAAGUGAAGCGACAUCGGAGGAAACAUGACAGAGCAAGGAAAGAAGCUGAUUAUGAUCGCGGUGGAUGUUCUUUGUGUCUUUGUUGCGGCUCUGCCAUCAGCCAUCCUGACGCUGAUGUUCAGCCCAUACCAAAGAGGAAUCUACUGUGACGAUAAGAGCAUCAGCUACCCCUACAGGAGAGACACCAUCUCUCACGGAGGCAUGGCUGCCGUCACUAUCAUCUGCUCCAUCGUCAUUAUCACCACAGGGGAGGCCUACCUUGUGCACACAAAGCGCCUGCACUCCAACUCCCAGUUCAACCAGUACCUGUCGGCCCUUUAUAAGGUGGUGGGCACCUUCCUGUUCGGAGGAGCCGUCAGCCAAUCACUGACCGACUUGGCCAAAUUCACUAUAGGUCGUCCCCGUCCAAACUUCUUAGCUGUGUGUGCGCCGGUCAGCUGUAACGGAUACAUACUGCAGAUCAACUGUACUGGCAACCCCCGCAAUGUGACAGAAUCCAGGUUGUCGUUCUACUCCGGCCACUCGUCCUUCGGGAUGUACUGCAUGCUCUUUCUGUCGCUCUACAUUCAGGCCCGGAUGCAGGGGAAGUGGACGCGACUGGUUCGACCAACAAUCCAGUUCUUCCUGGUGGCCUUUUCUCUGUAUGUAGGAUACACUCGUGUGUCUGACUACAAACACCACUGGAGUGACGUUCUGGUGGGGCUGCUGCAGGGAGCUCUCAUCGCUGUGCUCACUGUCCGAUACGUGUCCGACUUCUUCAAGCAGCGCCCCCCUCGCUGCACACGGCCAGACACAACAGAGGUCGAGCACCUCGAACGCAAACCGAGCCCACAGCCCCCCGACUCGCAGCACGGAAACCACUACAACUACUCUGGAAAUGUAUGAGUUCUUUACAGCAAGCAGCAGUUUACUCUUACUAACCUGGGCCUACACUCUAUCAGCAGCUCCGUUACCAAAGGACCUGUGAAUUAUAUAACACAAUGCAGUAACCACUACCUGGAGAUCCAGACUAGACAUGCUCCACUCGGAGACUUCCCAACAAUUUUUACAGCUAUGAAAACUCAAGAGAUUCCCAAAACCUGUUGGAACAGAAGGUCUGCCGUGUCUGUGUGUGUGUGUGUGUGUGCUGUUUGUGUUGG